AUGGGCCAACAACGCAGAGGCAAGCCCUCUGGGGGCCGUGACGUAACCGUCUCCAAAGCCCUAAGUCUCCUACUCAGACACGCCGCCGAAAAAGAAGGCCUGAAGCUAGACUCGCAAGGCUACGCGAAUGUCGCAGACGUGCUCGCCUGGCGCAAACUUAAAUCCCUCAAAGUCACCUUCCCCGAAAUCGUCGCUGCCGUCGCAACCUCAGAUAAAAAGCGCUUUGCCCUUCUUCAUAUCCCCUCUGCUGAGGCCCAGGCUCAGCAAUCAACCUCCACGGAAGCUUCUACAGAACAUGGCAUCCCGACGACAAGCGCGGGGCAGGAUUCCGCGACGGAGACGGCCCUCGCGGUAUCCGAGUCGGACCUCGACCCGACGCAUUUCUUGAUCCGUGCGACCCAGGGACACAGUAUUAAGAGUGUGGAUGCGGCUUCAUUUUUGGAGAAAUUGUCGCUGGAUGAUGAGGCUAAGUUACCUGAUACUGUUGUGCAUGGGACAUUUCAUGCUGCUUGGCCGGCGAUUCUGGCCUCUGGGGGUUUGAGGAGCAUGGGGCGGAAUCAGGUGCAUUUUGCUACGGGGCCGUCCGUGGAGUCUGUACUUGCACAGGGGGCGCAGGGGGCAAAAGAAGUUACGGGAGAUCAUGGGGAGAAGGUGAUUUCGGGGAUGCGCCGGGAUGCGCAGGUGCUUAUUUAUAUUAAUCUAAGGACGGCGCUGGCAGCUGGGUGUCCGUUUUGGAGGAGUGAGAAUGGGGUUAUUUUGAGUGAAGGGAUGGUGGUGAAUGGCAGUAGUGGUGUCGUCCCAGUGGAGUUCUUUGAUGUGGUUGUUGAGAGGAAGCACGGAUUGGGGAAGAUAUGGGAGGGUGGGAAGGAGGUUCAGGCAUUGCCGGAGGAGUUGAUGAAGCAGGGGAAUCCUAAGGGACGACGAAAUGCGAAUAAGAAGAAGGAAGAUGCUACUACACAGCCAUGA